UGGUGGCACCCCAAGCAUGAGCUCAUCUCAAAUAGUUCCAACAUCACCAACAGUGAGUGCAUCACUGACCAGUGGCACUCCAAGCAUGAGCACAUCUCAAGUAGUUUCAACGUCAACAACAGGAGUAAGUGCAUCACUGACCAGUGGCACCCAAAGCAUAAUUGCAUCUCAAAUAGUUUCAAUACCACCAGCAGUGAGUACAUCACAGACAGUGUAUACAUCACUGAUCAUACUUGGAACCCCAAGCAUUACUUCAUCAACAGUGAGUAUAUCACUGACCAGUGGUACCCUUAGCAUGAGUACAUCUCAAAUAGUUUCAGCAACAUCCACAGUGAGUGCAUCACUGACCAGUAGAACCUCAAGCAUAAGUUCAUUACAAACAGUUUCAGCAUCAUUAACAGUGAGUGUGUCACUGCCAGUUGGCACUCAAAGUAUGAGUUCAUCUCAAAGAGUGUCAAUAUCGCCAACAGAGAGUGCAUCACUGACUUUUAAAAGCCUAAGCAUGACUUCAUCUCAAACAGUUUCAACAACACCUGGGAGAACUUCACCUACUGUUGGCAGAACUCAGAGCAUUAUCGCAUCAACAGUCUCAACACCUGGGGUGCCAAGUUCUUCUGUUUCCUCAACUCUUUCUAUGCCAGACACCCCGACCCUUUCAACAGCAAUGUCAAUCCCAAUUGCAUCAACUGCUGCUUCAAAGUCCAAAGUACCUCUCUCCCCUUCAGUUGCAAUAUCAACCCCAACCGUCUCACUUGCAGUUUCAAUGACAACAUUGUCAACAUCUCAAUCAUCAAGGAUAGUUGCUUCAUCAACAUUGACUUCCACACAAAUAGUAUCAGCUGUUCUGAAAUCAACCCUGAUUGCAGCAUCUACUGUUCACACGGUGGCCGUAAGUUUAUCAUCUUCAAUUCUCUCAUCAAUCCCAACUGUCCUGCCCUCAGCUUCUAAGUCCAUUCGAACCGUUGAGGCACCUUCACUGACAUCUCUUUCGCCUUCAGUCCCCAUGUCUUCCCUAACUGUUUCUGCUUCUGUUUCUGCACCAAUCCCAAAUGUAUCAACUGCAAAUACUACUUGGAGCCCAACUGUACCACAUACAGUUACUCCCUCGACCCAAACAACAUCAACCAUGUCACCUGCAACUUUUAGAUCAACCCCAUCCAGCUCAUCCAUAAUAUCUCCAUCGACCUUAGCUUUGUCACAUGCAGUUGCUACCUCUACCUCAACUGUAUCUGGUACAUCUUAUUCAUCAGCCCAAACUACAUUACCUACAGUUUCUACAUCAACUUCAAAUGUAUCUUCGGCUAUUUCCAAAUCAAAAUCAACAGUCUCAUUCUUAGUGUCAGCAUCGACUCCUUUGCCUUCACUUCCUAUGUCAAAUUCAAUAGUUGCAACACCUACAGCAGACACUCUUUCACCUACAAUUUCUGAAUCCACUGUCUCCUCAUCAUCCACACUUAUUGCCUUUUCUUCUGUCUCAAGUUCUUAUAUUCUGGCUGUUUCUGCAACAUCGAGUGUAUCAAUGACAAAAUCAUCAUCAACAACAACACCUUCAACACCACAGACCACCACAACAUCUACAAUAUCAACAUCAACACCAACCACCACAAAAUCUCACACCACAACCACAACUACAGUCAAAACGACUGAACCAACAAGACCAACUACCCCAACAACACCAGCCACUCCACAGCCUCCGUGGGAGGAGGACAAAGAUGUGUCGUUACCAGAUACCCUGAUCAUCGCAGUUUCUGUCGGAGGAUGUCUGAUGUUUGUCGUCCUUGCCUGUACCUGUGUGACAAUAGUAUUCCUUGCUAGAAGAUGCCAAAAUGAAGAAGAUGAACCUCCAUACAAGCUCUAUGACCUGUCCCUCUCCAUACCGAAGAUCCCCUACUACCACACGUUUAGUUCUCUCUAUAAACACUUCGAUAACGACAGCAUGAACGAGGAUGAAAAUGUUAACACUGUUGAAAGGGGCAUGGCAGACAGGUGGGCAUCCAUGGAAACUCUCGAGAUGGAUUUCUGUGACCCAAAAACAUUCAAUAUUCAGGUGCCAACCGAUAUGGUACCAAUGAACCUGGACAUUAGGCCAGAUGUCAGAGUUCCAGUCUGUCCAGAACCAGAUUAUUACACCGAACCGGAUUAUUCAAAUUCUGGAUCCCCUGCUUCUUGGGCAUCAAUCAAUACUAUCACUGACCCUUUUCCGACGUCAUAUGUCAUUGAGCCUUUGCAGCAAAUGCCAAUGAUGGAUUCUUUGAACAGUUUUCCGUACAGGAAGCCAAGCCGAACUCAACCACCAGGAAGACUGAAUGAUCUUGACAGGCCAGGGCCUUCAGGUCAAAAUACUGGCAAUAGGCCUUCUCCUUCAAACGAGAAGGGCACAAGGCCAACAUUUCGAUAUGCUCUGCCAAUGGAUAGUAUGUUUCUGUCACAGCAAGGCGAUUCUGCAGACGAUAUCUUCACUCCGAUGACUUCUAAAGGAUUAUCAUACAAGCAUCGUUGGCACAGUGACUCUGCGUUACAUUUGUCAGAACAUCAUCGAGAAAAUCUGAGAGACUGGCGUAACCAGGAUGAAAGUGAUAGCAGUUCUAAUGAGAGUGGAAAUUCAGAUGAUAGUGUAGUAGUUUCCAGUGAUUUAUUCAGGUCUAAGAAUUUCAAACGGAAGCAAUUUGGAACUGCAGCAGAACUUUUAGGUGUAAGUUCAAGCUACAAGUUUCAGCGACAGAAUCAGGGCCACUAUAUUGGCAGUGAUGAUGCAGCAAAAUUGGAUGACAGUGUUAAUAAUGUACCACAAUAUGGAAGUGUAUCAAGCGAUUCUUCAUCAGGAUAUACAUCUGACUCUCUGACUAGACGACAAAAAAGUAAUGAACCUACAUAUCUUUUGUAUCGAGGAAAAGAUUGGAAGCGUAUUGUAAGAUACGUGGAUUAUGAUUUUGGAUUCCUUAUUCGGAAAGUUAUGACAAUUUAUUCAGCAGUUGGGAUGGAUCACGAGAAAGGAUAUUUCCUCGUCGGAAUUUUUUUGAGUUUGUUGAGUAUAACGAAAGCAGCUGAUUUGACGAAAUGCACAACAAGUGUCUCAGGCAAAGAAUAUCUUGGUUUAGUGAAUGAGACACCAAGCGGGACACCCUGUAUACCAUGGAACCAAAUCCCAUUGUACACCGGCCAGGAUCGCCUAUUCCCCGACUGUACCGUCAAUGACGCCAGUAAUUAUUGUCGAAACCCGUACGACAUCAUGAAUCUCGCAAAGUAUCCUAACCAGAUCCGUCCAGCGUGUUACUUCAAGCAGCCAAAUGGCGGCAAUGAUUGGACAUUUUGCAAUAUUCCUCACUGUGAUUUACCAGCCACUGCUACAACAUGUUACAGUGCCAAACGAACAACGCCAACUGGCGAUAGCAAACUAUGCCGUUGUCGAAUAAAAAUUGAGACAGUUCAACCCGUCAAAAUGUACAUUAUGCAGAUAAUAUUCGAAUAUAAAAUUCCCGUUACAAAUACGUGUGACAGACAAGUCGAGGUGACCAUGGACGCAAUGAAGACAAGUUAUAUAUGCGAUGGGUCUACAUAUACGAGGAGCAUGCAGCUAAUGUUACUUUACUAUGUGGAGAAGUUGAAGUUCCAGAAAAUGGAUCUGGGGGAUUUGGAAUAUGCAAUAAAGGUUACUGCUGGUGACUCGUUUUCUAUUCAAAGCUGUGGCAACAAGGGUUGGAAUCCUGGUUCAAAUUGGGAUGUAAAAUUCAUUACCGUGCCAACGGCGGCUCCUCCUUCAAAAUCCAACUGUACAACGACGCCGGGGCCAACAACAACCACAAAAGUGACAACACCACAAACGACAACUCCCAUAGUUGUGAAAACUAGUUCAACUUCAGGUACACCAACAACAAUACUCAAAACAACUGUAGUUAGUCCAACAACAUUAGCUAGAACAACAACAGAAAGUACAUCAACAGAAAUUCCAACGACCAAAGAAAUAACGACAGUAGCCAAGUCAACAACAGGUACACCAUCAACAACUCUCAAAACAGCCAAAUUAACAACGACAAAUUUAGCAACAAGGACUGCUGAACCGACGACCACACCAGCAAAAAUGACAACAGGACUCAUUCCAAAGACUGCAAGUUCAUCUUCAACAGAUAGAAGUUCCCCUACAACCACAACUCCUAUUAGCAAAACUUCAUCAGGUUUUGCUUGGACAAAGAAGCCAUCUGCGGCACCGGUUGUGGAAGACACAGCACAAAAAGAGGUGAUUGUAGCUGCAGCUCUCGGGGCGACGCUUGGAAUACUUCUGAUUGCAAUCUUCCUCGUCAUAGCAUGUCUGAGUUGCCGAAGGGAUUGUAUGAGGGAUUGGUACUAUUACUUGUGCAGAUGGCGUUGGAGAAAAAAGGCAGAGUUUCCAAUUGACGACAUUGGAACCUAUCCGAAUGGUCAUCGUAACUUCUCAUACGGGAGUCCAAGCAUGGAACUGCAAGAUGAGCUCAGCAACAGUGACGGUCAAUACGAAUGGCCACAAAGCAAUGGCAUUCUAAAAACGUCAACUUUCAAGGCAAGUGCCACAGACAGUUCAGAACUUUCUAACGGUUCAGUCUAUAAGAGGCCAGAGGAGACAACGACAACAGACUAUGGGUAUUACAACCCAGCGGACAAUGAUAACACAGGAGGGAACCCAGUACCGGAUUAUGAAGUCAAAUUGGAUUCCAUUCUUCCGAGGCUUGUGGCGGAUGAGAGCAGCAAAGAGACCGACUCGCCAAUACUUUACACAACUGUUUUAAAGGGGAACAUAAAGGGAAAGCACCCUGAUUCUACGGAGAAUAAUAACACAAAAAGUGUUUCAUUUUCAAAGUUUUCUACUUUUAAGACGUUUCAGUGAGAAUAACGGUUAUUCUGUUCAUACCACGGAGCAGCAUUUGAACAAAAUACACAAAAAGUAAAUUUUUUCUAAAUUUACAGGCUGUACCCACCCCCUAAGGUGGUACCUUGAAGCUUUAUGUUGUUACUGAAUAAGUUAUUGAAAUGUUUGGGACUAUGAUUGAACAGGAUGGGCCAAUUUGCACAAUGUCAAUAUUAUUUGCUGUACAUGUAAGCAUUGAUACUUGUAAAACAUGCGAUAGUAUCACAACAGCAAUGGACCAAUUGUUGCUUUCAUAGAUUGAGGGUUUCACUCUUACGAGGGAUGCCAUUAUACCACUGCAACUUGUAAAUACAGCACUGGUUUGAUUUUUCCAUUUUAAGUUGAUAAAUCUCAACAUUGCCAAACGAAGAAGUGCUUCGAGACAACAGAGAAAUUAUUGAAAAUGUGAGCUGAAUACUGACUUUCGUUAUGAAAUAGCAUGUGAUGAAAUCUCAUCAUGUCCCCCAGCACGACCUGCAUUUGGAACAAUUGUAGACGCGAUCUAUGCCGAUUCUUUCAGUCAAAAUAUCAGGGCAUAAUAAUUAUAAGGACCAGGGAUGCACAAAGAUGUCUCAUAAUUGCUUUUAAAGGUAUAUAUAAUCACAAAUAUUAUGUAUUUUCACAUUGUUAUUUCUAAAGAGAACAAAUAAAACAUUGAGUUGUG